AUGUCUGCAAUGAUAGAUGAUAAAGUGGUUGCAGGGGCAAACUCUGCAAACGUUGUUAAAGAAGAUCCAAUUAUAGCAUUGACGGAAAAAGUAAAUGCAUUAUAUUUUUUUCGAGAUCACUAUUUUGAAAAUCACUCUAUUGAAGAUGCACUUAAAAAGAAUGGAGAUGUAGAAAAAGAGAUGAAAGAUACGUUAAAUAAAUUUGAUGAAUGUAAAGGGUAUGAAAUUGAUGGAUCAAGAGCAAGAUAUUAUUACCUAAAGGGAAAGGCUUUAAAUGUUGCAGAACGUUUUAUACCUCAAGCAGAAGAAUUAUUAACUAAAGCAGUGAAAUUAGAGCCUAACUUAGUAGAAGCAUGGAAUGAAUUAGGAGAAUGUUAUUGGAAAAAUGAUGACAUUCAACAAGCAAAAAAUUGUUUUGUUGGAGCUUUACGCCAUGGUAGGAAUAAAGUAUCUUUACAAAAUUUGUCAAUGGUACUCAGGCAAGAACCAGUCCCUAAUGCUGAGCAACGAAUACAAAAUAUACAAAAGGGAAUGGAACAUGCUAAAGAAGCAGUCAGUCUUGACACAGCAGAUGGUAUUUCUUGGGCAAUACUUGGAAAUGCUUAUUUGUCUUCCUUUUUUACAAUAGCACAAAGUCCUGCAACUUUACGUCUUUGUAUGUCAGCUUAUGCACAAGCAGAAAAAGAUAUUGUAGCAGGAAGUAAUCCUGAUUUAUUUCACAAUAAGGCAGUGGCCUUAAAGUAUCAAGAGGAAUAUUGUUUAGCAUUGAAGUCUUUUGAGAGAGCAAUGUUACUAGAUCCAGUAUGGGAGACACCACGUAGUAAGAGGGAUGAAUUGUUACAAUAUUUAAAAGAUGUACAAAAUUCAGUAAACAAUCAUGGAAAAGUAAAACCGAAGAGAUUGUACCAAAUGAUAAGGGCAUUGGAUGUUAAACAUUUGGGACCAUACAAAGGUGGCUCUUUCACGUCCGGACAGAAGAUUGUAAAAUUAGAUUUAGUAUCACUGAAAGAGUUAGCCACUGGAGUAAAUUCAGAGAAAGUUAUAUUUGGAAAAGUAGUAUGUUGGAUACAAGACACUGAUUGUGUACCUUUUGCCUUUUGUCUGGUUGACGAACAGAAAACGUGUAUUGCUGUAACAGUAUACAAUCUUGCUAAAGGUCGUGGAGUUACCGUAGGAGAUUCUGUUGCUAUACCUGAACCAUUUGUGAUUCAUCAGAAGUUUUCUUAUCUCAAUAACGAUUUUGACUUCAAAUCUAUACGCGUUGAAACUCCAGUUAUAUUAGUUGUUAACGGAAGAAAAUUAGGUAGGGAGCAACAAGCAUCAGCGAAAUUGCACACCUUUAAGAAAACCGAUUGA